AGAGAUAAAACUGAUAAAACAUGUAUAAAAUCCAACCUCGACUUACACAGCAUGCCAAAAGUCUUGCCCAAUUCAUACGCAAAUCCACCAUGAGUUCUCUGCAAAGUGUUUAUGUAACUCGUCCAGAUGUCGACGUCAGUGGAUUGGACUUGCUGCGUAAGAGUUGCAAUGUUACCACCUGGUCGCAGUCUUUGCCGGUGCCACGGGACGAAUUGCUGCGUCAAGUCCAGGGUAAGGAUGCGCUCUAUUGCGUUCUCACAGAUAAAAUUGAUGCUGCUGUGCUGGAUGCUGCUGGGGAGAAGCUAAAAUGCGUGUCUACCAUGUCUGUUGGUUUUGAGCACAUCGAUGUGCAGGAGUGCAAGAAACGGGGCAUUCGUGUUGGCUACACACCCGAUGUGCUGACCGAUGCCACCGCCGAGUUGACCCUGGCUCUGCUGCUUGCCACGAACCGACGCCUGUUUGAGGCCAACAAACAAGUUUACAAUGGCGGCUGGAAAUCGUGGGCGCCCAUGUGGAUGUGUGGACAGGGCCUUAAGAACUCACGCGUUGGCCUGUAUGGCUUCGGUCGCAUUGGGCAGGAGAUUGCAUCACGCAUUCUGCCUUUCAAGCCAGCUCAGAUAACUUACACGACCCGAACGGCCAGGCCGGAAGAGGCUGCAAAGGUUAAUGCUCGGCGUGUGGACUUUGAUGAAAUGCUCUGCUUAUCGGACUUUAUUGUAAUCUGCUGCGCCCUAACCCCUGAAACAAAAGAGAUAUUUAAUGCUGCUGCUUUUGAGAAAAUGAAAGCCAAUUGCAUUUUUAUCAAUACCUCGCGUGGUGGAGUUGUGGAUCAAAAUGCUCUUUAUGAUGCACUCCAUUCGAAACGGAUCCUGGCGGCAGGUUUGGACGUGACCACGCCGGAGCCAUUGCCCCUAGACAGUCCACUACUGAAGCUGGAUAAUAUUGUGGUGCUGCCUCAUAUAGGCAGCGCGGACAUUGAGACUCGCAAGGAGAUGUCUCGCAUUACGGCCAGAAAUAUCUUAGCUGCUCUGAAAGGCUGCGAAAUGGAGGCCGAGGUUAUCUAAAUCGAAUUCACACCCAAAUUUCUCGGAAAACAACGAUAAUAAAAUAAUCCAAAUAUGUUUGUGUACUGCUCACAUGAAAGUUAUAUAUCCUGAGCAACUAGAGCAUAAUCUAAUUCAGCAUUUGUGUUAUUACUUCAGAAGCAAUCUUUAGCUUCUAAAUUCAAAUUGUAAAUCUUUCGUAUCUGUAGCUAAAGUUAAUGUUUAAGUGACGAUUUCAAAAAUACUCAAAACUGUGAUUCUUUCCGAACAAGAUUUCACUGGAUCCUUGGUCUUUCUAUACCUAAAACUAAAAAUUACCCUUGGCUAUAGUUGAAUUCCAGCGCUGCCUAAGAAUAGACUAUAGCAAAAUCAUUAUUGAUCGAAAAACACGCAAGCCUCAGGAAUCAUUCUUUAAGAGUAAAAACGAAAAUAUAUUUAAAUAGCAACAGCUGUUUACUCAAAAUUGAGUA